AAGGUUCCCGCCGUAGAGCGAGCGGCUCUAGGUCUGAGGAACGUGUUGUCGUAAAGCCGCGGGUGUCGUAAACCAGGUGCGGUGCGGGGAGGCGCAGGACGUGGCUGGAACCUUCGGGCAGUCGCAGGAGGAGCAGAAGGAUGGUCCCAGGUGUCGGCGCGGAAAGCCGAUGAGCCGGCGGUGCAGCAACGUUAUUGAUGGUCAUCCCAAGUCCGAAGCAGACUGAUUCUCCUUCAGAUGUAUGGUGAGAACGUAAAUAUAGCAGUCCAAUGCUACACUGCAAUGCCCACAUCAUUCACCUCACUUCAUGUCGUCACAUGGGAAUUUCAUCAUCUCACAUCAUUACAAGAAGGACCUGGACAAGUAGAGCACAGUAAUGGAGAACCACACAAGAGUGACAGUGUUCAUCCUAACAGGUCUGACUGAAGAUCCACAGCUGGAGAUGGUGUUGUUUACCUUCCUGCUGCUCACCUACCUGCUCAGCAUCACCGGCAAUCUGAUCAUCAUCACACUCACCCUGCUGGAUACUCACCUCAAGACCCCCAUGUACUUCUUCCUUCGAAAUUUUUCCUUCCUAGAAAUUUCCUAUACCACUACAUGCAUCCCUAAAUUGCUGGUGAUGAUGGCAACUGGGGACAAAACCAUUUCCUAUAACAGUUGUGCAGCUCAGGUGUUUUUUGCCUUCCUUCUUGGAGCAUCUGAAUUUUACCUGCUGGCAGCCAUGUCCUAUGACCGCUAUGUUGCCAUCUGUAAGCCCCUGCAUUACACAGUCAUCAUGAGCACUAAAAUCUGCACACAGCUUGUCUUCUGUUGUUGGCUUGCAGGUUUUUUUGUCAUCUUACCACCACUCCUCUUAGGCCUAAACAUUGAUUUCUGUGACUCUAACACUAUUGAUCAUUUCUACUGUGACACAACUCCCCUCCUGCAGAUCUCCUGCUCAGACACACAGCUGUUUGAGACAAUGGGAUUCGUUUCUGCUGUGAUGACACUCCUGGUCACCUUGGCAAUGGUGAUAGUAUCAUAUACGUAUAUUGCGAUAACAAUUCUAAAAAUCCCUUCAGCCAAUCAGAGGAAAAAAGCUUUCUCAACAUGUUCUUCUCACAUGAUUGUGAUCUCCCUUUCUUAUGGCAGCUGCAUCUUCAUGUAUGUUAAACCAUCAGUGAAACAGAGAGUAUCUUUUUCCAAGGGAAUUGCAGUUCUCAAUACCUCUGUUGCACCACUUUUGAACCCUUUCAUCUACACCUUACGGAACCAACAGGUAAAAAAAUCCUUCAUGAAUAUGAUACACAGAGUUGUUUCUCUCCCAAACAAAUGACUAUCCUUUUGCAGCACAUGUAAAGAAACAAACAAAAGGACCCUGGCAAUACCAGUGCAUCCAAUCGUAGCUUCCAAUCAGUUUCCUCCUUUAUUUUGAUUUCCUUCCUUUGAUAUUUAUCUUUAUCUCAUUUCAAGCUUUAUUUUCAAAAAGCUUGGUUUCAAGAAAGUUUAUUUUCUUUAUAGAUUUCAUUAUAGAUUAUUUCCACUUUACAUCUUUUCCUGUUGAUAACUGGAAACACUGAGCUAAGUUAUUCAAUCUGUCACUUUUAUAUUUGAAUUCUAGUUAGUCUAGAAUAUAAAUAUAUUUAAUUAAAAUAUAUUGAAUGUAGCAUGCAUUGUAAAUGUUAUUAUCAUUCUUUAUUGGCACUUAAUUACAACUUACUUAAAACUAAUAUUCAUUUAUACUUUUUGUAAUACUACCAAUUUUUGUGCUAACUCUACUUAAUAAAAAUAAAAUUGUGCCAGAGUUAGCAAUUAGUGUUGAUGUUCAAGUUAGAAAGUGUCUAUUAAAAAAAAGAUAGUUGUUUUAAAGUACAUUCUAUAGAAUCUAUUUGUUUUCUGUUAGUCCAUUGUUAACAUUUAGAUGUAUUUCAGUUGUAGAUUAAAAAAUGUGUUUUCUUACUGGUUUAUUUUAAAAAUUAAUAAUGACAUUCAAUACUUAUUAGGUGUUUCCAUACUCAAAAAGCACUCUUUAAAACCUUGGAAUACUUCUGAAGCUACCUGGAAACUGCUUGUAAAUGAUUGUUAAAUAAGGAGAACAAUGCUAAUUCAAUGUAUUUAUUCUUUGCAUUUGUAUCUAAUAACAUAUAUAACUGUACUUCCUACCAGUGAAACCAAAAUAGUAGGAUAAACUAAACCUUUUCUUUAGGAUGUUUUAAUUCUUGCCAUAGUCUGGAAAUUCAGGGAUUCAAUUUCUGUGUCAUGACCAGAAUUUUAAAAUAUGAAAUAUAAUAAAGAAAUUUUUCG